AUGAUGGAGGAAACAAUCACUAUAGAUCAUAUUGACGGAGAUUUUGAAGGCAUCAUAAGAGCUCCUACCAGUAUCACUAUCCCUGACGAAGGUGGUUAUUGGGAAGGUACCGAAAAGAGCCAGAAUGCGGGUUUACUGAGAGCAUCCACGCGGCGCCAAAGCAUUAUCGAAGUGGAAGCCGCCCACGGUCGUCCCUUCAGAGCCAUGCAUGAGCGAUUUCCAGAUGUGUCGUCGCACGAACUGGUCCGGUUCUUAAAGGCACGAAACUUUGAUGCAACCAAGGCCAUCAAAAUGUACGAGGCUCACUUGAAAUGGCAUAAAGAAACCUUUCCAGUUCCCAACGAAGGCGCCGUCAAAGAGCUCAUGGCGACACGCAAAUUCUACAUGUUGGACCAUCCGGACGAGGAAGGAAGACCCGUCAUUUUUUACUGCCUCCGUCGCUUCAGUGCCGCACCGUACAAUGUCGACAAUGAAGUGCAAGCACUCGUCUGGAUGAUGGAACAUCAGGUCAAACCUCGAUUUGGACCCUCCUUUGAAACACAAAAGGUCACGGUGCUCAUUGAUGUUUCGGGGAUUCGAUCUCCACCCGUCAACUUUCUACAAAAGGUCAAUACCGUCAUGGAAGCCAACUAUCCGGAAACGCUGUAUCGCACCAUCAUGUUCCCCGUCCCAUUCUGGUUGCAAAAAUUUGUACAGGGAAUGUUGACAUUUGUGGACGACAAUACGCGAAAAAAGUUUGCCUACGUCAAUGAUGGAAAGUCCAUGGAACAGUUUGCCCACCUGGAGCUCGAAAAGAUGGGACCCGAUAUUGAAGAGUUGAUUGAGACAAAGCAACUCAAAAAGUAG